GUUUCAGGAAGUCGGGACACGGCAGUUUGAGAUGCUGGCGGUGCAGUGUUUGAAACAGCCUUGAGCGGGAUUUUAUGAGGCAGGAGGCGCUGACAUGCGUGUCUACAUUAUUGUCGCUGCUGUGUUUUGGUGUGGUUAUGUGGACUCGCGGAAAGUAAGAGGAAUAUCCUCGUCCUAUAAAAGAUUCUACAGGGAGAGGAAGUCGUUUCUGUGCAUAGAUGGGUCGAGAAUGAUCCCAUUUGAGCAGGUGAACGACGACUACUGCGACUGUGAAGAUGGCUCAGAUGAACCAGGCACUUCAGCCUGUCCUCAUGGCCGAUUCUACUGCACCAAUCUGGGUUUUCGCCCGCACUACAUCCCAUCAUCCAGAGUCAAUGAUGGCAUCUGUGAUUGCUGCGAUGCUUCUGAUGAAUACAACAGCCACACUCGCUGCCAGAACACUUGCUGGAAUCUAGGACAGAGAGAGAGGGCGUACGUGGAGGGCCAGAUGAGGACCUUGGAUGAAGGUUUGCGACUCAAGCAGCAGCUGAUUGAGGAGGGAGUGCUGCUCUGGAGGGAGAAACAGGCCCAGCUCAGAGAGCUCCAGCAGGUGGCAGAAGACCUGCAGGUCAAGUUGGAGGAACACAGGAGGAAAAAACACGAAGCCGACCGACUCAAAGAGCAAACAUUAAAGGCACUGGAAGCAGGGAACAGUGGUCUCAUCAGACAUCAGAACAGCUCCGUUACCAGCAUUUUCCAUUUAUUGGACACCAAUAAAGAUGGCAGUUUGACAGUGGAUGAAAUCAAGGCUAAAGUGGUGCUUGUGCACGAUGAGCAGCGUGUUCUCUCUGAGGGUGAAGCACUGGCUUUGUUGGACAGAGGUCACAGGAUGGAUCUCUCCAAGUUUCAGAGCACACUCUGGGACGUCCUGACGAGAGGCGACACUGUCAAAAUCAAAGACACGCAGGGUGCUCCUGGCAGUCUUUCCAGUGAAGAUCCUCACUUAAAGGCAGCUGACAAAGCUGCAGAGUGGGAGGCGACCAAUCUGAAGAAAGUGGAAGAAGCUUACGAGACAGUCAACAUGGAAAUAAGUGACUUACAGAAGAAGUUGGCCAUAGACUACGGAACAGACUGGGAAUUUCUGUUUUUGAAUGGCCAGUGUUACAAGCUGAAAGUAUAUGAGUAUACUUAUACCCUGUGCCCAUUCAAUCAAGUUACACAAAAGAGCACGGCAGGAGUAGAGGUCUCAUUAGGUACUACAGUCACACUGACAUGCGGAACGGAGACAGCCUUGCGAUCAGUGAAAGAGCCCAGCAAAUGCCAGUACAUCAUGGACUUCCAGACUCCUGUGGCCUGUCAGCCGGUGCUAAAGCAGCAGGGUAUACACAGUGAACUGUGACCCAUUCCCUUACUGGCCCAGCCCAGAAUAACUUGGACCCCUUCCUCUCUUCUGCUGGCCCGCGGUGACAGGCUGGGGUCCUGAGGGUCCCCUCUGACAUCUGUGUUGUCAGAACAUAUAUACUUCCAAGGCAGUCUGGCUAAGGUCAGAGUCUGGUUUUCAGUAGCCACUUUAGUUUCCAUUGAUUGUUACAGUGCUGCUUUCUUGCUGUUACACUUUAAUAUCUAAAUAGAGCAUUUACUGAAUGAUUUAGUUAACGCAACGUGUUCAACAUUACUGUGUAUUCCCUGUAAGUGUUUGCACUCACUGCUCAGCAAUAAGCAAUAUUACUGUGUAAAUAAUGGGAGAAAGUGAAACCCAAUCUAUUGUAGGGUCUAAACACAUUUCUGCUAAUGUAAUUGCUAUUUUAAAUAACUGCUCAGUAAUAUGCACAAAUAAAAGGACUGUGUCCUUGCUCUUCAUUAUAAUGACUGCCUUAUAAAAAUAGCCUUCCAUCGAGGAUAUGUUGUAUGUUUCUUAUGUUGAGCAAAUUAAUCUUAUAAAUAAAUCAGAUGAUCUUCCCAGAAGGAGCUGCAUGUUCAGCCGUUUCCUGGUGCAGUUUAGCAUAAAGCUAAAUGAUUCUAUGAAAACUACAAAACAAAAAAACAAAAGAGUUGUCGCUCUGGUUGACAUUUUUCCUCAUUGCAGUAAACAUGUACUUUAUAAUUUAUAGUCCCUUCACUGUAACAAUUCAGUACCAAAUGUGUGUUGUUCCACAGCUGAAAACAGUUCCCAAUAAAUGUAUCUUACUACUCCUGAAACCAACAAUACCCAGCUCUUAUAGGCUUCAGUCACACAGGCCUAGAGACUGGUUGGCAACCUCUGAGCAACCACUGAUCACUUAUAGAAGAUUGUGUAUUCCACAUUUGCUUUGGUGGACACCAACUUGUUUACAAACACUCACCAACUACUUGCCAAGCGGUAGUGAAACUUGGGCUACGUCCACAUGUAUGCAAGUAUUUUUGAAAACAUAGCUGUUUCUAUGCAUUUGGGCCUUUUGUCCACACGUAAACGGCGUUUUCGAUCACUGAAGGCCGAGAUUUUUAUAAAUUCCUGCCAGGAUUGAGAUUUUAGAAAACUUGUUUUUUGCGUUUACUUGUGGACGAGGAAACCAGAGAUUUAGUCGCGCUACGUCAAAGGUGUGCGCCUUUUAUGAUGACGCUGUGCGUACAUGAGAUGAAUUUCUACAUUGGCGGAUUUGAACAAAACACUGUUGCUGUUAAUCUUACUAUCUGCAGUUUUUACACUCUUACAUAUACACACACAGUUACUGCCCCUCCAUUUAGAAAGACUGCUUCUUUGCGCCAUCUUUGUUUCCUCUUCUAGACUUCUGAUUGGCCAACAUUUCUACACAGUUAGGAUUAUACCACCCCCUGUUGCUUUAUUAUGUCCUUGACAGCUUUUGACUUCGUUUUUUAUUUUUACAUGUAAACGAAAACAGAAAAUCUCAGUUUACAAAAAUACCCGUGUACGUAUCUUUGGAUGCACAAACUAAAAAUGGAAACUCUUCGCUUUCAAAGUAAAAGUUGUGCCUUUCUGCCGAAACCAGCACAUUUCAACUUUGACAUAAGGGCAAACAGUCUCCAUUUCCACUUUGUGUUGCACAUUUCAUAGUGUCAGUACCAACUAGCAAAUAGUUGUGUGUUUGCAACCAAGUCGGUAUCUUCCAUGCUACUAGCGAGCACAGCAACCCAAUAAAUUGUGAGGUGGUUUUAGUUGCAGCACCGUAUACCACUUUGUUGCCAUUUUUGCCUAGCGACAGCAAGCAACCGUUUGGCAACCAUCUAUUUUUACAAUGCUGGAAUGUUUCUAACCACAAAAACAUAAGAACAAAAGGGGUCCAGUCCACUACUAGCAAGUUCAGUGAGUACAAAACUGUUUUUACAGAUUAGCGUUGCCUCCGACGACAGUGGAGGUCAGUAUUUAAGAAAGUAUUAAGAGGUGAUUUAAAUAAUUAUUGGCUACAGUUUCUAAUCAGUAUGAACAAUGAACUGAAGUCAGCCAUAUCCUCCAAGCAGUGUGCAUUUCAGUAUUUUUUUUAACUGAAGACUGACAUAAUCAUAAAACAUAAUAAAAAACC